CUGCAACAAUGGUGGACGGCAGCAACUACCGCCAUACCGAACGCGCAUCAACACGAGAUCGUGGAGGAACCGGGUUCGAAGCCGACCUUCCGAGCACCAUAUCGGCUCAGCCCUACGGAGCUGACCGACAUGAAAAAACAGAUCGAGUAUCUCCUAGCCAAAGGACUCAUCCGACCAUCCACUUCGCCAUACGGUGCCCAGUACUCUUCACACCGAAACCGGACGGAAGCCUGCGCAUGUGCAUCGACUACCGAGCUCUUAACAAGCAGACCAUCAAGAAUAAAUAUCCGAUACACGAAUCGAUGACCUGCUUGACCAGCUUCGGGGAGCUACGUAUUUUCCAAACUGGAUCUGCGGUCCGAUACUGGCAGAUACGGAUGGCGGACAACUCUAUCCACAAAACUGCUUUCCGAACUCGGUAUGGAUUGUACGAGUAUUUGGUAAUGCCAUUCGGACUCACCAACGCACCGGCAACAUUCCAAGCCGAAAUGAACCACAUUCUACGACCACUUUUGGACGAGUGCGUGGUGGUGUAUCUGGACGACAUCCUCAUCUACUCGCGCGACAUGAAGCGCACGUCGAAACACCUGCGACGCGGUCUUCGAAAUUCUUCGACGCAAACGAUUCUACGUCAAACUGUCCAAGAGCAAAUUCGCCAUUGAGAAGGUCCAGUUCCUAGGACACAUGGUG